UUUUUAGUUCCAUUCUUCGUAAUUAUCUUGUUUAUGACUACCAAGUGUACUGCGCAUGCGUCGGAUCCAUGUGUACGGAAGAGCCGCGGCAGCACGUUGACGGGAGAAAAGUGAAAUGAUUAAACACGUCUUCUUGACUGGACCUCCAGGUGUGGGAAAAACCACUCUGGUCCAGAAAGUGUGUGAGGCUUUAAUGUCGGCAGGAGUGGAGGCUGAAGGCUUUUACACGGAGGAGGUCAGGGAGGGAGGCCGCCGGGUCGGCUUUGAUGUCGUCACGGUGACAGGAGAGAGGGGCCGCCUGUCCAGAACCAGAGACAGUGUUGGUGCCGCUCCCGCCGGACGGGAAUUCGCAGUUGGGCCGUACGUGGUUGACUUGCCUGCAUUUGAAAACCUGGCUCUCCCCCUCUUCAGAAACGUAGGGGCGGCAGAUGGUGGCAGCAGGAAGGUGUUCGUCAUCGACGAGAUUGGAAAAAUGGAGCUCUUCAGCCAGUCGUUCAUCAGGGCGGUGAGGCAGACUUUAGAAAGCUCUUCCUGCUCCAUCCUGGGCACCAUCCCCGUCCCCAAGGGCAAACCGCUGGCUCUGGUGGAAGAGGUGCGGAGCAGGAGGGAUGUCAAGGUCUUCACUAUUCCUCAGCGCUCGGCAACGCUCCCUCAAAUGAAGGUCACAUCUCAGCGUGGACCGGGCGCGCGGGUCCCGACAGCCGCCGCCGCCACGGGGAUUUGCACGACAGACAAAGCGCCGGCGUUGGGACGCGAGGCUGUAAUUGAGCUUUAAUUCAAGUGGUCGUGCUAAUGGGAGCGCUAACGUCUGCAGGGCUCUGACAGGUGGGCGUUUACUGUCAGGUGGGAUCUCAGAGCUGUUUGAUCUGUGCUCCUCACCACUAUCUCACACUGUUGCAGACCACAGAUGACCCCAGAACCAGUCCUACCAUUGCUCCACUUUGAUGGGCUGCUGGAGGCAGGCGGUGUUGGGUUUCAAAGCCUGUGUGUGCGUGGGGGGGCUUCUGCAAGCUCGUUGUCAAAGCUCACUCUCGACACGAUUCACAUUAAGCAUGAACCGAUCGUAAAACACUAACACAGAUCAGUGCUUUUCUAAUGGACCUACACAAAGCGCCAGUGGAUUCUCUGUGCAGCUGUAACUAUUUUCCAUCAACAGCAGAGGAGGGGUCAAGGCCUGAGGACAUCCCUCUCCUGUUACACUAGCAUGUGAUGCCUUCAGUGACUUGUGGUAACCCCUGUGAUUCACUCUUUAGCUGCACCGGUUCCAUCGGCUGCUAUCAGUGGUCACAAAAAGUAGCAAACUGAAGUGAGGAGCGGCACGUGGGGGGGGGGGCGCGUAUCCAUUUCGCCAUGUAAUCCCAGAGUGGAGGAAGCCUCCAGAGUGUGGUGAGUGCAUGGGGGAGCUGCAGCCCCCCCCCAGAGCUGGAGGAAACAGCGGGAGCUGUCAGCGGAUGAUAUGUAGGUCAAAGGGCACGGAGGGAACACAAAGAUCGGGGCCACGGUGAUCAAUCGAUGGGCCGGUGCCGCGUCCCUCGUGGCUGCGGAGGAUGUGGCUGUCGCUGCGAAGGUGACGGAGAGGAACGACACACAAAACCCGUCUUCAUAGUGGUGGUAGACCUGGAGUUGCUGCAGUCGGCCCAUAUCGAGCAAAUAGAUCCCACAUGUGCAGGCAGCAACGAGAACAUUACCCUGUCGUAUCCCAUGUGUCCCGGCGGAUUAUUAAUUUAUACAUGCGUAGCUGGCGUGCACCAUGGACAUGACUUAUAUGGGGUUUGCUGCAUUAAACAGAACAUGUGUAGGGUGGAGUUUACUGUACAGGAGUGGAGUCACGCAGCAUCGGUAAUGGUUCACAGACCGCCGGCCUGCCGUGAUUAAUGUCUCUGCUGGACACUUUGGACAAAUGUGCACCACAAACGCACGGACGUCUCCCAGCGUUUCGCUUCCAGGCAUCACCUCAGCCACCGUGCGCGUGCACGUACGUGUGCGCGCGGUGCAGUGCAUGCUGGGGCCCCGGCGCGGCCGUUCAGUGGAAAGGUGAGGUAAUGGCUGGGCCAAACCGCAGCGUGAAGGAUGGUAACUGGGAGCAAGAGGUGCUCCUCUGUAGCUACAGCGUCUGGUGACGUCUGGGUAGUUGCAUGGUUCACACAGUA